CACGAUUCGACAGCUCGGAUUGUCACUCGUAACAAUUCCCAAUUUGGGUGCCUUAAAAGAAAACCAAAAUAAAUAUAUUUAGACUUUGUUUUAUUUGUUUUGUUGUUGUUUUUUUUUAAUAACAAUUUCAUAUUGAAGUUAAAAUAAAAAAAAAGACGUUGAUAAGAGUCUCGACUUCGCUCGGCUGCGUGCUGACGUGCUGACGUGUGGCUACGCAGGCGCAGUCGCUAGACAGAGCGAGAAAGCUGCAUUGAGACCUGGAGACAAGAGGCCAACCACAAUCCCAAGCUAUUGAUCUGAAGCUGAGCCACACACUUAGAGAUGGCGGACACACAGCGCCUGGCGUACUCCAUCAUCCAGUUCCUACACGACCAGCUGAACUCUGGGGGGCUGUCUUCGGACGCACAGGAGAGCUUAGAAGUUGCAGUCCAGUGCCUGGAAACAGCUUUUGGGGUUUCUAUUGACGACUCGAGUCUCGCUGUCUCGCAGACACUCCCAGAGCUCUUUGCAGCAGCCACACUCAAGGAGACUCCUCGGGUAACAAUUAAUGCCGUGCCAGACUCCCCGACCGAGGAAGAGGCAGCUGAAGCAGAGAGACUCAAAACAGAAGGCAAUGAACAGAUGAAGGUAGAGAAUUUCGGACAAGCGGUGGAGUUCUAUGCAAAAGCUAUUGAGUUAAACCCACGCAAUGCAGUGUAUUUCUGCAACAGGGCUGCCGCAUACAGUAAGCUGGGGAACUAUGCUGGAGCAGUGCAGGACUGCGAGCGAGCCAUCAGCAUCGACCCAAACUACAGUAAAGCAUUCGGCAGAAUGGGGUUGGCCCUGGCCAGUUUAAAUAAGCACACAGAAGCAGUGAAUUACUACAAGAAAGCCUUGGAGCUUGACCCCGAUAACGACACGUACAAAUCCAACCUGAAAAUAGCCGAGCAGAAAAUGAAGGAGCUUCCCAGUCCAACAGGCGGUUUGGGUGGAGUUGACCUGGCUGGAUUGCUUAGCAACCCUGGCUUCAUGAACAUGGCUUCAUCUCUGAUGACCAACCCACAAGUACAACAACUAAUGUCUGGGAUGAUGUCAGGAUCGUACGGGCCAAUGGGAGCGGCUGGUGCAGGAGCCGGGGCAGGACCAGGACCAGGACCAGGAGUCGGAGUCGGAGUUGGAAGAGGAGGAGCUGGUCCAGGAGGUGCAGGGCCGAACGACCUAUCUGGCCUCAUCCAAGCGGGGCAGCAGUUUGCUCAGCAGAUGCAGCAGGAGAACCCUGAGCUGAUUGAACAGCUGAGAAGUCAGAUCCGGAGUCGGCCGCCUAGCGCCAGCAACGAGGAGCAGCCCUGACAGGCAGCAGGGUGGGAGUUUUGUUCAAUGUGACCUGAAGGCCAACUGUUGUUUUUUGUUUGAAACUCCAGGCUUUAAAAAAAAAAAAAGCUCUAUUUUUCCCCCAAAAGGACAUGCAUGAUGGGCCCCAAUGAUCUUUUCUUUUUUUUUUAACCCCUGCUAAUCAAGCUAUCAAGCCACUGGCAUGUAAAUAAAGGCGAGCCUAUUUGACUUUUUAACAAGAUCCGCUCCGAACCCUCUUUUUGGAUUCACCUUUGGGUUUAUUUUUUUAUUACGGAAAUGCAUGAAGUCAAUGUACUUUCUAACAAUUGUUGUAUGUUAUUAUAACCAACCAAUGCGUUUCCUGUUGUAAUUCAUGAUUCCCUUAAAAAAAAAAAAAAAGGGGCAUUCUGUAAACUGCCACAGACCACUGAGUGGAGAAGUCUCAACCUGUUGUCUUUUGCCAUGGGGUAGAUUGUUUAACUGUGAUACAAAAUCCACUUUAAAGAACUUGUAUUUAUACUUAAAUAAACAUGAAUAGAUAUGUGCAUACCUUCUGUACUCCUGAAGUGAACCGGAGGACCUCAUGUUGUAAUUGUAGCCAUCCUUUCUCAAGGUAUUUGGUCUGUGUUCUGCUUUAGCUGUAAAGACGAGACAUCACACAACUAUUGUAAUGAUCUGUGGUGUAUUUUAUCACCAGCACCCUGCGGCUGUUGAGGUUAUAAAAUCAGACCCUGUGUGCAGUGAGAUCUCGGGGUUGAGACUAAGGCUGCCUUUCUCCUUCCCAAACCAAGUAGUGGAGAUGGAACACUCGCGCUGUUCCAAUGAUUGUCCUGUCCUCCCACUCAGGCUCGUACAUCAUUACAAGCCGGGGGUUCCAAAGGAUUUUCUGGCUCCCCAGUUUUGCACGUAAUUCCCCAUUCGAGGUUUCAAAUAAAAACACAGAUGACUGAACCGCACACUUCCUGUUGUGCGGUGGAAAUGCAGCUUGGAAAUCCCAGUGUGUUCAGGGUUUUCUUACACUAUCGCCUCACUCCAGUGGUGCACAUUCCACAUAGGUUUUUGUUCCAAUCAGCUCCUAAACCCUCAGCUGGUUCAAUUAACUACUUUGGGAUCUGCUUGGAGUAAAGACCUGGACUGGACUGGAUCUUGAGGACCAGAUUGUGCAUCACUGCCUCACUCAGACAGACCAUCUAGAUUUCGUACAGUGUAAAGUCACUUUGAUAGAGUCGCCAUACGAUGGGCACCACAUUUUCACAACUUCCAGUGUGGUUUCCAUUAUUCAUCAUUGUAAAUUAGGAAUGCACAGUUCCCUCUAUGGCAGGGGUCUCCAACCCUGGUCCCGGAGAGCUACUGGGGCUUCUGGUUUUCAUUUCAACCCAGUUUUGACCAUGUGGAGCACUUCCUGUGGCAACCAAAUCAGUGUUGUUUGAUUUAAGACCUUCUUUAGUUCACCAUUGCUGUUUACUUCCCAAGUGAUUUUAUAGCCACGCUGUAGACAUCGCAGGCAGGGGAGGCUCAGUGCUCGCAGUCUGCAGUUUCUACUGCCAGGCCUCAUUCCCUGCUUCUUUUAUUUCUUUUAUUUUUUUAUUUAUUUUUUUUGCAGUUCUGGGACAACCCUCUAAAUGGUUUAUCUCAAGGGGCCACUGAAAAAACUGCUUUUAGUAGGCCUGAACAAAAAUAUAUAUUUUUUAUUUCUUUGCUGCUAAUGUUCAUGUGGGUUGGGACUAUCUCUCUCUUUUUUUUAAUGCUAAAUAAAUAAAAACCCAUACCUCAAAUGGUGCUCACCAAUGCUCACUGUUUAAAACCCUGGGAGUCCCUUGUGUGUAUUGUGUAAAAAUGUUCCCUUGUAACACCAUGCAUAUUGACACUUUUGUCCAUCCACAACUCACAGUAAAACCGAUGUCUGUUCUGUUAGGUUUAUAGCUCGUCCUUUUUAAGUUACAGCAAGUAAUUUCAGUGGCCUAAAGUAGAAGUUUACUAUGUCAGGUUUUGAUAGACAUGAGAUAGCUAGUAAGGUGCAACAAUUUGCAGUAUUGUGUAUCAAAUAUUCUGAGACUCGGUUCAUUCUGAUGUGGCCAUAAGCUUCAGAGGAUGCAAUAUGUACUGACACAUUAACUGCUAAAAAGAAAGUCAGUAUUUAGCCAAAGCAGUUUGCAAUGUUUGAUUAAACUUUGAUAAAAAAUCUGACUUGAGGCAUUUUUAGCUUUAAGCUGUCGAUAUGUAGCCUGCAUACCAAUGAUCUGUGCUGGUUUUUAAAUGGCUUUUACCAGGACUUUAAAGACCAAACCCCUCAGCCACGCCAUCUGAACGGGGAAUUCUGUGAUUAACAAGUUGUAACUUCUGAUGAUGAUGAUGUUAAUUGUGAGUAUACUUGUAGUAAUUGUGUUAUGGGCAGUCUAUGUCUAACUUAAUAAACAACCAUUUACACAAAAGGUUUAAACAUGUAGCCUUUAUCACACAUAUUCAAUAAAUAAAGUGCACUGUUCACUUGUA